CCUUCUUCCGAACCUUCUGGUUCUCUCGGCGCGGCGCGGAAGGAUGACGUCGUGGGCGGAGCCGCUGCAGCACGAGCUUGCCGGCCGCGGCCUCGCCGUCGCCUCCAUCCCCGGCAAGGGCCGCGGCCUCGUAGCUGCCCGCAGCUUUUUCCCUGGGGAAGUUAUUAUCAACCAAGAACCUUACGCAUCUACGCCUAACAAGAUCUCAGUUGGAUCGAUCUGUGACCAUUGUUUCUCAUCCGGCAACCUGAAGAAGUGCUCGGUUUGUCGAAUUGCUUGGUACUGCGGCAGGGCUUGCCAGAAAGAAGAAUGGAAACUGCAUCAACUAGAAUGUCAAGCGAUGGCAGCACUUACAGAGGAUAGAAAGAAGGCGCAUACUCCUACAAUACGUUUGAUGGUGCAGCUUGUACUAAAAAGAAAACUGCAAAACGAGAAGGCUAUUCCAUCUUCAGGAAUAGAUAACUACAGUCUUGUGGAUGCCUUGGAGUCCCACAUAUCUGAGGUUGAUGGAAAUCAACUUGUACUCUAUGCUCAGAUGGCCAAUCUUGUGAGCCUGAUUCUUCCUUCGCUUGACCUUGAGCUUGAUCUUAAGGAAAUUGCACAUACUUUUUCAAAGUUUGCCUGCAAUGCUCAUACCAUAUGUGAUCCUGAACUUAGGCCUCUUGGGACUGGACUAUACCCUGUUAUAUCUAUUAUUAACCACAGUUGUGUACCAAAUGCAGUUUUGAUAUUUGAUGGUCGGACAGCUGUUGUUCGUGCAUUGCAACCAAUAGGCAAAGAUGAAGAGGUGUCAAUAAGCUACAUUGAGACUGCAGCAGUCACUAAGAACAGACAGAAUGAUCUGAAGCAAUAUUUCUUCACCUGUACAUGUCGACGCUGUGUCAAGGGUUCUGAAGAGGAUGCUCUCCUUGAGGGUUAUAGAUGCAAGAACAAAACAUGUGAUGGCUUUCUGCUGCCUAACUCAGGAAAAAGGGCUUAUACAUGCCAGAAAUGUAGCAUUUCUAGGGAUGAGGAAGAGGUAAAAAGGAUGAGAAGCGAAAUACUAAUGCUGUCGGAUAAAGCUUCUUCAUUUCUUUCUUCAGGAAAUAAUACUGAAGCAGGUUCUAUGUACAAGAUCAUCGAGCAGCUAGAGCAGAAGCUCUACCAUGCUUUCUCAAUUACUUUGCUGCACACGCGUGAAACACUCCUGAAGAUAUAUAUGGAGUUACAAGAUUGGCGGACUGCACUGACGUAUUGUAGAUUGACAAUUCCAGUUUAUGAAAGAGUUUAUCCACCUUUUCAUCCAAUGAUUGGACUACAAUUCUAUACUUGUGGAAAGCUUGAAUGGCUGCUUGAGUGCACAGAGGACGCUCUGAAAUCUUUAACAAGGGCCGCAGAUAUACUUGGAAUAACACAUGGCACAAAAUCCCAGUUCAUGAAGGAGCUUUUUGGCAAGCUAGAGGAAGCAAGGGCUGAAGUUUCUUUUAGGUUCUCGUCCAGAGAUGGGCACGAUGAGCCAUUUUCAUGAGAAACUUCUGAUCACCAACAACAACAAAGCCUUUAUCUCAAGCAAGUUGAAGUAAACUAGAGAUGAAACCCACAAGAUUCAACUAAAAAGAUGAUGAGAAAAUAAUAAUAAUAAAGGUACUAGUGAUAGUAAAAAAAAAAAGCGGUACAAGGACCUCUCUGCUUUUUUGAGGCAGAGUUCAUACAUAGAAAACAUUGUGGAGACCAUGUCUAAGCAUAGAAAUAGCAUUGCUGAGAUAACAUCAAGAGCCUGCCCUUUCCAAGCUUCCUUCAGAGAUGGAGAUGGGGAAAAGGAUCGUGCAAUGACCAUAUGUUCAUGUGUUUUCCACAAAGGUCAUGCCUUAAUCUGUUGUAAAAUGGAUUGGUUGUUGAAUUUAAUUAUUAACAUGUAGCAAGUUGACCUC